ACAACACCAGGUGUCUCUAAUCUACCAGAUAGAGAGAGUGACUAACUUUCUAAGACCAGUUUGCACCAAGGUUAACCCUUAUCAGUCAGGAAAGCUCUGGAACAGCCCCUGGGGUUCGAGUUUUAAACAGCAACUGGAACUGUCACAGGACACUGAAACUCAUCUUACAAUCAUAAUGACUCUUUGGUUAUCUUUAAGGGUCUCGUGGAUUUACUUUCUAUGGUUCGGAGGCUCCAUUUGUUUCCCUGCUCAGAAAGCUUAUAGUCUGGUGCCUGCGUUUUGGUUCAGUGCUGAGGCCGACAGCUCCAGACCUGCUGUACCUGUCCCUCACCAGAACACCUCAUACCACUUCAACUCCAAAGGCGUUCCAGACUCUGGUCCUGAAACUCUACACACAAACUAUGAAACGCCAGCUAUUAGUCCCAAACGCUUCUCUACUCACCUGACAGUAUCCGCCCUUCAAGCCCCUAAACCAAAGCAGUUAAGUAAUGCACGUUGGCCAACACCCAGCCGCACUGACCCGCCGAUGGGUAGACCUAUUCUGGCUGGCACUGGCCAAAGUAAACCCCAGCAGAGAGUCAGGUACCCUGGUGCCCCUUCUGACUCACAUGAGAAACCUGAUUAUGGUAACAAUGUCCAGCCUCUCUACACUUACUUAAUUGAGAAGUCUUCGCAAGGUGGGGUUGAAAAUGGAGUCAGUUUUCCAACCAUGAAGGAUUUUUUCAAAUUAGUGAAUUCCCUGAAAACCUCCUUCCUCAUUCCUUCCACUUCGCUGCCUGGUAGUGAGUCCCAGAUUGGCUACACCUCUAUUGUGCAAAAGCCUGCCCAACCUGCCCUCAGAAAAGACCAGAAGUGGAAUAUGGCCAGCAAUAUCAAUCAGAUGGCCAACGAUGACCUCCAAAGCCAAAAAAUAAACCUCUUUGUUUCUUAUCCCCUAUCUGUAACCCAUGAACCAAUCACUACUGCUGACAGUCAAGGCCCUGGUCUGCCUUCUUGGCCUGGCAAAUCUUACAUGGUCCCUGUGGUGGGGGGGCCCAUUUCCAACAUGUUUGAAACUCCUGGAGCAUUUGGUGGUGCAGAUGGUAGUUUUUAUAAACCUAAUGAACAAGCUUCAACAAAGCUGAGCAGAGUGUCUCUAACUGGCUACAAUCCUGCACCACUAGAGGGUCGUUUUUACAGCAGUGGUGGCUAUACAAGUCCUCCUGGACUGAGCUUAGAAAGUUUCCCUCAGAACAGUGGGUUCCUCCCCCAGAACAGUGGAGGGUUCCUCCCCCAGAACAGUGGAGGGUUCCUCCCCCAGAACAGUGGAGGGUUCCUCCCCCAGAACAGUGGAGGGUUCCUCCCCCAGAACAGUGGAGGGUUCCUCCCCCAGAACAGUGGAGGGUUCCUCCCCCAGAACAGUGGUCUAGACUAGCCCACAGUCAUCGUGACCGACCGGCCCAGAGCCUAGCAGUGUGUUCCCAUGAGGGUUCCCAAAGGGUAGGCCACCUUACAGACUGCAACUGUGUUCAGUCAAGAGAACACUAUGGGUAAAAAAAUGUUGUCUGCUUUCAAAGUCACUAAGAGUGCGGCCAAGCCAUCUGGCAGGGCUAUGUCCAGAUGUUCCUUAACCAACACAGACUCACAAGAACAGCUAGACCCAAUAAUGUUAAGAACUGUAAGGUAUUGUAAUGCCAGAAGGUCAAUUACAAAUCCCCAUGCUAUUUAUACAAUUGUUUAAGCAACUUGUGACUGACACAGUUCCAUCCUGUUCUUGGCAAGAAAAUCAUUUUUACUCUGAGAUGGUGCAUAACCUCUCUUAGCAUGUUUGGACUUUCUUGUUGUUUUUAAAUCAUUCUGGUUCCUUGUCUUCUGGCGCUAAUCCUAUUUAAUGUCCCACUGCUGUUCUGCAAAGACUUUACACUGACCUAUCCUUGAA